AUGAGUUUACAAGAUUUAGCAUCACCUUUCAACAGACUGUUUCCAUGGGUCCCUUCAACAACAACAUUCAGUCCAAAGGUUUUCAGUAAAGGACAACAAUUUGAAAUAUCAAUUCAAAAAGCAAUUGAAAUACUGGAAAAUCACAAAUUCCUUGAUAGAGAUUCUAUCUGGGCACUUGCAGUCUUAAGACAUCUUCAAGGUUAUUUGCCAAGUGGUGACUUGGAGCCAUUGAACAAAAACAUGAAGCAGGGUCCCAUAAGUGCGGAUCUUCUAGGAGUAAGUGCCACACUUUGGGAGGACGAGAAAGUUCCACAGCUGUCAAAGAUUUCUUCAGCAAUAGCAGAAGCCUCAUUGAGAUUAAAAUUCAUCAUAUGGAUCAUGUCCCAAUUCAACAGGAAUGAAUCUACCAAAUCCUCUAGAUUCUUAGUUGAAAUUUAUGAUAUGUUUCUUCAGGAAAGCUGUCCAAUGCAGCCUGAGAAUUUCAAGGGCUUCUUGUUACUGUGUUCAUCACAUAUAAGAGGCAUGGAUGUGUCAGAUCAACUAGGACUAGAGGAGGGACUGGCAUAUGAAGCACUUCAUAUAUAUAUUCCGGGGUAUAACAAUCAUGCUAAGGACACCGUCUUUCAGUUCAAUUGUGGACCUUCUUUCCCCAUUCCUCCACUUUGA